AUGCCUACAGUUCCUGGGCCUCCACUUGAAUUGCAAACAGAGGCUGUUACAGUUGAAAAUUUUCGUGCUAGAGCAUUUAGCUUGCUGCCUACUGCUGGAAUUUCUGGGUCUUGCCGGCCAACACCAGUGCUUACAAGACACUCCAUCAAGAAGCCAUGUGAAGCAGUGGCUUCUCAGGUUGCUCACAUACUGAGGACACUCGGAGACAACAUCAUCAACAUGAAAAGAUCUAGCCCAUCGGUGUUAAUAGAAGCAAAAUUGUUCGUUAGGGGUUUGGCUUUGCAUCUGGCGGGAAAGGGUAACCGUGUGAAUGGAGUGGCACCUCGACCCAUCUGGACGCCUUCGAUUCAGGCGCCGUUUAAUGAGGAGGAGUGUUCUAAGUUUGGAUCGGAGACGCCUAUGGGGAGGGCUGGGCAGCCUCAUGAGGUGGCGCCGUGUUUUGUUUUUCUUGCUUCUCCGGCGGAUUCGUCUUACAUUACCGGUCAGGUCGUCCAUCCCAACGGUGGGAUGGUAGUCAACGCUUGA